AUGUCGUCUGAACCGUCGCCGAGCGAAACCGAACGGCCUCCUCCUACGACGCCGCGCAAACCUCGCAAUGGCCUACCACCCGAAACACCGCCAGCAAAGAUCCGAUACAGCCCCGGCGAUGCGCCUCAUUCCGCCCCUGCCGCCGCUCCGGGAGGCAGGCGCAACGACGCCAAGAAACCGGAGCCGACCCUCUUGUCCGACUUCUUCCAUGGAAGGCAGACUGCCACCCGCGUAGCCGCCGAACGAAAACGGCGCCAGAGCGUCGGCGCCGUUAAGGCCGAGCUGCGUGGCACCACUCAACACGAGAUAAGACAAAACUCCGUCCGCAAGCUGCAACAACCUGGUGGUGUCCGGGAACGGGUCCAUGGCUGGCAGCGCAAUCACGGCGCGACCAUGGCCAGCUCCAACCCAAACUAUGCAGCCACGGAGCCCGACGACGUGGCCUUUGACGGCGAGGAUAUAGCCAGUGUUACUGAGGAGGACCGUAUGCGGAUAAAAAUGCGUUUACGACCGAACCCACCUGCGCCCAAAUUUAUGCCCAACACUCCAAAUCGAGAUGAUAAACCUACCUCUUCUGCCAGAGAUGAUGAUGCAGGAGACAACGCCGGAUCGCUCUCGCCGCCUAAGAAGCGUGUGGUGAGCGACUCAAACUGGAUGCGUCAGAAACCCAAAAAGCCCCCUUCGCGAAAGGUGUCGCCCUCCUCGUCCAAGGAGACUACUCCGCAACGCUCAAAAGCUUUCGUCUUGCACCCUACUCCUAACCCUCCCGUAUCUAGCAAGAUCAAGGCUUGGGCCGCAAAACUCGAAAUGCCUGUCGAAUAUGAAUCUGGUUCCCAGGUUGGCAGUGCCGCGAGCCGCUCGACAAGCCGCUUAAAACCCAAAUACAAGCAGUUUGGCGAGGAUGACGGGAUCCGUGUGACUGGCUCCUCCGAUUCCUCAGUGGUUCGAGACGAUGGUAUUCGAGUCCGUCCCACUACUACUGGCUCCAGCCUUUCUUUCCCGGGACAAACCUACCGUCCACCUACAACCCGUCGGAGCAAGAGUAUUGCGGACUCGUCCCGAUCGGCACGGAGCAUGGAACCAAGCGAUAUCUCUUUGCCGUCCUCAGAAGGUACCAAGAAGCCUGUCCGUCGACGUAGCAAGAGCAUGUCAGCCGACAAAAGGUCCACCGAUGAUACCCCAGCCAAGAUGAGAUCGAGGCGACUUGAAGCCCGCAAAAAGACAUCUGCUAGGUCAUAUCUAUCCGCAACAACGGGGGAAACGGAUGCGUCGUCACAACUUGGCGACGAAGCAUCCAACCUGAGCAGCUCGCUGCGACCCGACUCCGAUCUAGAUUCUAAACUUACUUCAAAGAGCCUUGCCGACAUUCCCGGUGACAUCCCAUUUGGUCACUCUGCUUUCAGUGAGCUGGAUCUCUCUGGCAAGUACCGGCCGAAAAAGUUCAACGAGGCCCGCAAGUCAAGCUUCAAGGGAGUUCCUCACGUCUUCAAAAAGGUCGUAGAGGAAGGGAAGAAGAUGAUGAAAGAUAUGAACGAGCCACCCCGGCCGCAAGGCCCAAACAAACCCCCAAGCAUAGAAAAGUGGCUCAGUACCACGGUCGAUCCGUUCAUCGACACGCCCAAGGAAGUCCCGGCACCAGCCAUCAAGAAACGCCCUUCAGCGGAAGAAUCAGUCACCACCGAGAACACUCUUGAUUCAAAGACAUCAAUGUCUUCACCCCAAAAAGAUGACCCCGCUACAUCAUCUGCCGUGCCUAGCUCAAAAGACUUUGCAAGCACCGUCGACGCCUCUGAAAAGCCUGUGCGAUCUGAGAGUGUUCGCAGACGGCGAGCACAUACCGUAAGAGUGCAAAAACGCCACUCUAAAAGAGAUGUUCCAUCGGCACAGACGUCAGACGCAUGUGCAAUCGUUACAGAUGAAACGACAACGGAACUGUUGGACGAAAGGAAAGAAGCCAACGACCAGUGCGAAAACACCGCAACAAAAGGAAGCAGCCCCAUGGAGCUUAAGAGAACGCGGGCUAAGCGGGCCACGUCCUCGCCCGUGAGAAACAAGAAAGACUUCCUUGACAUGUUCAAGAAUGCCUUUUUAGGAGAAUCUGCAUCAUUUUCUGGGCCUGGAAAGACAUAUAGAGCUGAAGAGCCGCAGCGACAUCAACUGCAUGAUCAAGACUACAGUGACGACUACACAGAAGGUUCGGCUUUGUCCAGCCAGGACACCGAUUCGCAAGUUACGGGAUCUACUGCUAGCGGCCACCACGCAUACCCUCCCAAAAUGGCUGCCCCUCGACAUCCUCCUCCUACCAACGGCAAUCAUGCAUUGUCAACAAUUAUAUCUGAGGACGGGUCCAGUGCCGUAAGUUCGGCUCUGACAGGCUCUGAUGCUACAUCCCGAGUCACUCAAUCUACCAGGACGGAGUCAAGCAUCCCGUCCAAGUCUAGCCAAUCUUCUCUCAAGAAAAGGCAUAGUUCCGCCAAAAGACGAGUGACCAGCCAUUCCGAUCUAAUGUCAGUCUUGUCGCUUCCCGAUCAAGCUGCUGUUCCACAAGGCAUGAAGAGCAGGUCGCGUCCCAGUCUUCGCCGAAAGCAGGGCGUCCCAGCCGGCUUCUCUGAAUACGAACUGUUACAAGAAUUCGAAGACGAUGAAAAUCUUUAUAAUCGGGAGCUCAAGACCUUGGUCGACGGCGUCAUCCCCGUUCUUUUGGGUGACGUCGUCCACAAUAGUGACGCAACUACUCUCUUCUCUACCGGCGGCGGUAGCCAAGCUGAUGCGAUCUCCAAGGCUGUUGUGGGUAUGGGUGUUGCGCUUGAAAAGCUGAAGAAUGCUCAUAAGAAGGCGCCACACCAUGAUAUUCGUCGUCUAGCCCACUGGGCGCAUGGCGUUGUGCCUAUGUACAACAGCUAUCUCACCGCAUGGAGACUUGGCUUUCAAGAUUUGGUCGUGAAUCUCGUCCCGGCUGCUGGGCAGGCCGGGGACGAGGACUCAUUGUUGGAUGCACUCCCAAGAAACGAGCACGGUGAUAUUGUCAAUGAAAACGGAGAAAGAGUCGCUGUCGGUUAUCUGCUGAAACGACCUUUGCUUCGCAUUAAACACAUGACAAAGCUCAUCAAAUGCAUCGACAGUAUCAUCAACAGUCAAGACACAAAUCAGCUCUUGCGUGAUUUCGAAAGUCUUCAGGAGAAAUCUCGACGCCGCCAUCGUGAGGAGACUGCGCGCAUCGAAGAUGAGGAUGCUAUCAAUACCGAUGUCACCAGAUGCCGAGACAUCAGGACUCUUGGAGCUGUCUCGCCCCCAGUCAUCAAUGCCAACUUGCAAGUCAAUGCUAAGGACACAUUCUCUCUAUCCUUUACCCACUCCAACGGACAGCGUUUGCAGUGCCGGGUCGAGCUUGUCUAUCGUGAUAACCCACUACAGCCCAAACAACCGGGCGACCUGCUCAUUCGCGAACCGGGCAACGGCAAAGAGGGUAGAAAGUCGUACCUCCUGUUCCCCCCAAUUCAAAUGCACCUGUGCUCUGCCAGAACUGGUGAAGGCUAUUUUGACAUGGUCAUAAUGCUUCGAGGUACUCACCAGAAUCGCCCAUGGCACGAGCUGCUGUUCUUGACGGCGGAUGACGAAGAUCAAAUACUCGACUGGCUAGACCUUCUCCCCCUGAACCCAAUUCCUCCACGAGAGCCAGAGCCGAGCGUUGUCGGUGAUGGUGAGCCAGACAAUCUCAGCGACGUGCCAGUGGGCGUUGCCAGACCAGUUCCUCCGCACGAGCACAACUUCCCCAAGGCUACUGUUGCCUCCAGACCACAAUCGCCCCUCAUCGAGACAAUCCAAGACCCUCGAACGCCCGCCAAACAACAAGUCCAUGUCGCCCACGACGACGUUCAGUCUUCGCCGACACCGGAACGUGAUAACAACAAGGCGUCAAUUCAGCCAACAUACAAUGUCGUGGACUGGGAUGAGAGCAACUUCCAAGAAGGGGAUAAUUUACUUCCUCAGCCUCUCAAGAUCAAGAAAACCUCUCCUCCGAGAACAUCGCGAGAGGAUAGAGCUCCUCCGCCUCCAGCUCAUCGCAGUCUCCCAUCCACACCAGACCAACAUCAGAAGGAUUCCAACAUGCUUGCGCCCCCAGAGCCAACUGAAAGGGUCAAGCGGCGUAGAUCUUCGCCGCUCAAACACGAAUAUCUACCCUCAAGUGCUUCUUCUGGUGGAUCGACUAGCGCCAGUCCUGAGCAGUCGGACGAUGAAUCUACCGACGAUGAUGAUGAUCUCGAUAGUAUGGAUAUACCAGAGACUGAGCUUGGUGUAAGCAUCGCCAAGGAAGCGCAUCAAUCCCAAGCUACACCGCCGAAAAUCACCAGCGUACUAUCCCAGUCAGAUUGCAGUCUUACACCAUCCAACUCGGCCUCACAAGCCUGCGGAGUUUACCCGCCACGCAGCAGUACUGAACAAGAAAGCACGACACGCUACAUGGCAUCGCUCUCCAAAUGGUCUGACAAGGGGGCUUGGAAGGAUGUAAGCCACCAUCAAUGUGUCAUUAUUGUCUCUGCUGGCUUGGUAGAGGCCUAUGCUUUCCGUCCGAGCAGCGGUCAAGGCAAAUCCAUCAAACUAGACGAGCAGCCACUGAUUGCAUUGGAUCUGACACCGCUUGUGCUUAUCAGACAAAGCACUGCUUUGGAUCUGGAAAUCAGGUCCUCCGUUCAAAUGCACUCGCGCCUAUAUGAGAAGUGCAACGGUGGCAAUUUCCGUUUCCGGUGCCACAGCGCCCCAGAGUGCUUCGCGCUGUACAUGGCCGUCCACCAAGCGCGACUUAGCAAUCAAAAAUUCAUUCAGUUGGAGAAUGAAGCGCGCUUCAGGGGAUUUGGAGAGAGACGUGAGACCGAGGAAGAUGACCGAGCUGGGCGACGCCGUAGCUGGUUCGGUCGCAAGAACAGCUAUCGCAGCUCACCAAAAAGCGCAGCUCGCUCUCAGGACGGCGAGAGCGCCGCGCAUUCGUCAACACCCUCUGCAACUAGCUUUCUCAAGCGCCUCACUCAAUCUGGUAAUGCUGCUUUUCACCUUGAAAAUUCUUCUAUCGACCGACAGAGCCACGGUGGCAGCGGCCGAAAUAGCCUCUACACAUCUGGGUCAUCUUCAGCGAGUGGUGGCGCGUCGCCCCGCUCACCAUCCGUCAGUACUGGUAAUACGCCAGGACAUCGGGGCCUGAUGGAUGCUGAAAACAUCAGAGUUCGACUGCACCUUCUCGUUUCGUCUACGAAAUGGGAAGAUUGCGGAAACUGCACUCUCAAAAUUCGCAGACCACCGCCUGGUUGGCGCCAAGCCCUGCUUGCCGACAACGGACUCGAAAAGCGCAUAACUGUCGAAUCCCAAUCAAAGAAGGAUACAGAAGAGCCCAAGGUACUGCUCGAUGCAGUCUUGGGAAGCGGUUGCUUCUCUGCCAUGGGGAGUCGCGGCAUCGUCUGCGGCAUCUGGGAAGAGGUCCAGGGAGCCGACGGUAUUGUUGGCAUGGUCCCUGCCAAGGCCAACCCUGGUGGCAAGAUUAAGAAGUGGUGCUUCCAGCUGUCCACAGCUGCAGAAGCCAACUGGGUGCUGCGGAUGGUGCACCAAGAAGUCGUGCGCGCAUAA